AUGUGUCAUUCUCCUCUUCAUUCCUUCCUUGUUGCGCUGCCCAAAUGCGAGCACCACAUGCACCUUGAGGGUGCUCUAUCACCCUUGCUUUUGUUUGAAAUUGCCUCUAGGAACAAGAUUUCAUUACCUACACCAAGUGAAGAUGCAUCGUUCGCAUCUACUGCGUCUUUACUCGAACGCUACGCCCGCUUUGCAUCGCUUGACGACUUCCUUCAUUAUUACUUUAUUGGUAUGACUAGCCUAAUCCAUGCUCGGGACUUUGAGGACCUGGCUUGGGAUUACUUCCUUAGAGCCAAAGAGCAUGGUGUUUUGCACGCCGAAGUAUUUUUCGAUCCACAAGCCCAUACAUCGCGUGGUAUUGAAUUCAAGACUGUUGUGUCCGGAUUCGAAAAAGCCUGCAAGCGAGCAGAAAACGAACUUGGCAUUAGUACACUACUGAUACCGUGCUUACUGAGACAUCUCCCGGUCCAAGAUGGCGAAAGCGCUUAUCAUGAAGCGUUGGGUGAUUUGAGAAAUGGAAGACUGGCCGGUCUCGGAUUAAGCUCCAGCGAGAAAGGAUAUCCACCAGGCCUUUUCAAAGAUAUCUACAAGGAAGCAAAGGAGGCGAACAUUCGAAGGACAGCUCAUGCCGGCGAAGAAGGUCCCGUUGAAUAUAUCAGAGAGGCUAUAAGGGUCUGCGAUAUACAACGAAUUGAUCAUGGUUUCAGGCUGGCUGAGGACGAAGAGCUCAUGAAAGAGGUAGCAGAGAAGCAGAUGCUAGUAACAUUAUGUCCCUUAUCAAAUCUCAAAUUGCAGUGCGUGUCAGAUGUUGGACAACUUCCAGUCCGCAAAUUUCUGGAUGCAGGAGUGCAAUUCUCAAUCAACUGCGAUGAUCCAGCUUAUUUCACAAGCUACAUCCAGGACAACUACUGUGCUGUUCAAGAGGCAUUUGAUCUCAGCAUCAAUGAGUGGAGUAGGAUUGCGAAAGCGGCGGUGAGGGGAAGUUGGUGCCAUGAGCAACGAAAACAGUUCCUCUUGGACAAGGUUCAGACGGUCGUUGCAGCUCACGGAAAGUGA